GAUUCAACCAAUCACGCUUUGUUCCCGAAUUGUCCAAGUCAGAGAGUGAGUGUAUCCAGUCAUGGCGCUGCUGAAAACUAAGAAGGGGGAAGCGAGGAAAAACGAAUUUUAAAUGUUGUUAUUCAGGCUAGGAAUCCAGCCUGCAAAAGCUCCGUACUCGUGAACGUGUGCCACCGUUGGGAUUAUUUCUGCAAAUUAACCGACGUGGAUACCGAAGCUUAGCAGUGCAUCGAACUGAGAGGCGAAUGCAUACUUGCGAGCUUCAAAGUUACUACUAGCCAUCCAGUGGAUGGAAGCACCGUGACCUUUUGGCGUAAACACACUGGAGUUAAAAAGUUGAAAGUCGGUUUUUGUUGCGAAUAUGGUUUAACUGAAGUUAAUUACAUAUUUAAUUUACUUGUCCGUCAGAGAUUGAUCAUCGCGGCAAUCAUGCCGGGGAAAACAAAAUACAAUUUAGUUGAUGAUGGUCAUGAUUUGCGAAUUCCCUUACACAACGAGGAAGCAUUCCAACAUGGGAUCAAUUUCGAAGCGAAGUAUAUUGGUAGUCUGGACGUGGCCCGGCCGAAUAGUCGAGUGGAGAUAGUUGCUGCCAUGAGACGAAUACGGUAUGAAUUUAAAGUGAAGAACAUCAAGAAGAAGAAAGUGAACAUUAUCGUGUCUGUGGAUGGGGUCAGAGUGGUUUUGCGGAAGAAGAAAAAGAAAAAAGAAUGGACAUGGGAUGAGAGCAAAAUUAUGGUCAUGCAAGAUCCCAUUUACAGAAUAUUCUAUGUCUCUCACGACUCCCAAGACCUGAAAAUCUUCAGUUACAUAGCACGAGAUGGGCAGAGCAAUGUGUUCCGCUGUAAUGUCUUCAAAUCAAAGAAGAAGAGCCAGGCCAUGCGGAUUGUGCGGACGGUGGGCCAGGCGUUCGAGGUGUGCCACAAGCUGAGCCUGCAGCACACGCAGCAGAAUGCUGACGGACAGGAGGACGGUGUCAGCGAGAAGGCCAGCGAGGAAUCUGUGGUGCCAGCCCGGCAGCUGACUGGCGCAGAGAAGACCGUCGCCGAGGAGACGGACAUUGACGCAGAGGAAGUGCCCCUGCCGGACAGCACGGUGGACGAGUUCAACCGCGGGGUCACUGACCUGGACGCGGCCAAGAAAGAGGACGACAUCGGCAGUGACAAGAAGGUCUCAGAGGACGUCUCCAUCCUGCUGGCCACCCCUAAGAUGCUCCUGCCUUCGUCCGGCCAGCUGGCAGCUGGAACCCCCCUGUCGGUGCACCACCAGAUUCAGCUCCUCCAGCAGCAGGUCCAGCAGCAGCAGCAGCAGACGCAGGUGGCAGUAGCCCAGGUUCACCUGCUGAAGGACCAGCUCUCAGCGGAAGCUGCAGCGAGGAUAGAGGCUCAGGCACGAGUCCACCAGCUGCUGCUGCAGAAUAAAGACCUGCUGCAGCACAUCUCCCUCCUGGUCAAACAGAUACAGGAGCUGGAGCUCAAACUGUCUGGACGCAACUCCAUGGGCUCCCAGGACAGCCUGCUGGAAAUCACCUUCCGCGCCAACGUGCCGCCGGUCCUGUGCGACCCCACCACGCCCCGGCCGGAGGAGGCGGGGCUGCCGCAGCUGAGCGACGGGAUGCCGCUCUCCCCGCCCCUGGACAGCCCGCUAGUUGAUCAGAGCAUGUUUGAGAAUUCCAAUGCCGCGUACCAGACCAAGCUCCAAACGGCCAAGUCGGCCCCGGCCCUGAACCGGCGCUCGUUUGGCAACGCCUCGGGUCCGAGCGGCUCCGCAGACGGCCCUGGCGCCGGUGGCCUUAAGACCGGCAGCAGUCAGCACCUGAAAAACGCCCUCAACCUGGGCAAGGCCAUGGGCGCCCGAGUGAACGACCUUCUGCGGCGGAAGGACCCCAGCAGCCUGGGGGACAUCGGAGUGACAGAGGUCAACAAGAACGUGGGGGCCGUGUGGACCUGCAUAGAGAGCGGCACCCAGGGCGUCACAGCCAACAGUCACGUCACGCUCGAUUCCUUCCCUCGACUGGACCCUCCCCCUCCCACCAACAAGAAGCGCCUUCCACGUGCCCUGAAAACCACCCAAGACAUGAUGAUUUCCUCCGACCCCGUGGUGGCUACCCCAGAGGCCUCCGACUCCUGUGCGUCCUCACCCGUCAAACCUCCCCUCGUCCAGACGGACAAGCCCAAGCAGCGGCCCCCAGAGGAGGAAGAGGACGCGAGGAAGGAGCCGGAGAGAUGCUCCGGGUCGACCCCCCCUCUCGACCGCGCGGCCGCGGGUGCAGUGGAGCCGGAGGCCGUGGGCCCGGAGGGGCCAGAGGAGAAGAACGAGGUGGACCCGUCUCAGCUCCUGCACUCCGUGCCUGACCUCAUCCACAAGGACACCCUGGACCCCAGGCAGAAGCUCGGAGGCCCGGAGACCCGGAUGGCCUCCACCCCCUGCCCAGGGAAGCCCGACAUCCGCAUCAGCAUGGGCGAGGACGACCUCCAGGACAGCGGCUCGGUGGACUCGGGCAUGCCACGGCAGCGAUCCUCCAGUGUGGACAACGAGGAGCCACACCCAGACCUGCUGUCCUUUGAGUAGCUGCUCUGACCUCACCCUCUCCCUGAUCUUCUGCUGCGCAGUGACUGGGGAGCUGGGAAGAGGCUGCAUUUCACUGGCUGCAUCAGGAUGAUUUUGGGUGUGUCUGCUUGAACAGAAACUUCAUCAAACCAUCCGUUUUCAUCCACAGUGGAGUGAAUGCUUAUGGGAGUGUCUUCAGGAGACAGACCAAAGUUGCUCAUUUUCAUUUCAGCAGUGCACAGCCUUAUGCAAUACCCAAAUAUUGAUGUUCUCACAUCAUAAAUUAUUACAUUUUAUUCCUUAUAGUGUAUAUAUUUUUAAAGAAAUAUUUAAGAAUUGAUGUUUCACAUCAAUAAAGGUUUUCUCAGAUAGAUUCAAGUCUAGUACAUGACUAAUGCUGGACUCUACAUACCCCUCCGAAAAUAAUCUGCUGCUUGUUUGUAAUAAUGAAAGACCUGAAAACCAAAGCAUGGACCAUUCAUUCUGUUUUAUUGUGAUGCUGCAGGGAUAGGCUGAUUAUAUGGCUGUGUGUUAUACCACAAUGGUCAACAGAUUGCUGGUAUAUUCAAAAAAGCACUGGAACCUUUUGCAAGGCAUAUAUUUUUAUUGAAGAUUUUGGUUAAUAGACAACACAUACAGUAUGAUAGGUAGGUCAGAUAUUUAUCAUAGUUCUGUCAUUAAGCAUUCCAGCUUGGCAGAGUUUUGUAAAACAAAAGCAGUGCUUUUACACAUGCUUAUAUAACCUAAUGGACAGGGCCCACAGGGGGCCACAUUAUUAAGCUCUGAUCACACUGGGGCUACGGGUCAGCUGGUAUGAUGAAAAUGUAGGGCCAAAGGAUGAGAAAGGAAGGAGAGAGAGAGAGAAUGUGUGUUUGAGUAAAGCAAAAAAAAAUUGAUACGUGACCAGAUAAUGCAUACCAGCACCACUGAGACAACAUUAAAAAACUCCUCAAUGUAAGAGAGCAAGCUCUUGUCUAAUGAUAUGUUUUCAAAAGCUACUGAAAUGUACAUGACUGGUACAGUAUAAAUGGAAAAAUAUAAUGUAAUAUCUUACAACUGGAAUAAUUUAGAAAACUGUAUAAACAAAUCUGUGUUGCCUGGAUAACCCAGUUACUUUUAUUGUUUUUUCUUUGCAUUAACUGUCAGUUCCACCAGCCCGUAAGUAUAGAUUUUAUUAAUGAGUAUUUUACAUGAACAAGCAGCGUCUGAAAUGCAUCCAACCAUGAACAGGCAUUUGUGUCAUUCUGUCUCUUGGUGCAGGGUUUUCUGCCCAGCAAAGAAUGUCUUGAAAAUGAGGAACUGGAAGUUAUAAGAGUUCAGUAUGUCAACACAAAUCAACAGACCUGCAGCUUUAAGUCUGUGUUGGUGCUAGGAUCUUGGAUGCUUUUCUAAAGUGAUAUUUACAAGGCUUAGAGUGAACAGUGGCAAAUAAGACAACGUGUUGCUAUACUGUCCGUGUUUUACACUAACAUUAUCUUGCUAUGUUUUAUGUAGUUUUUGGAUGAUUAAUGCAUCAUGUAUACUUAAGAAGAACAGGGAGUAAUUUUAUUCUUACAAAGCAUUUAUGGAAUCAGUGUAGUUUUGUCAGUUGCUAGCAGAUGAAAAUGCAAUAUGCAAUUUUAAUAUGAGAUAAAUUUAGCUACAAUGAUGAUGUCGGUAUAUGGUAAUUUAAAAUGCGAGAACAAAAAAGGAGGACAUAAAAACACAUACUUCCAUGUGUGCUAUUAUAUGUGAAUAUCCAAUAUCUGUAAUAUAUAACUGAACCGUAAUCAUUUUUCAAAUGUGGGAAAUUCAGAAAUACAUUGUUUUGCCUAGGAGAAAUAAUUUGUUUGCAUAUAUCUGUGUUUUAGGGCACAUUUUAGUUUUAGAAUUUAAUGAAAAUGUCUGUUUUAAUUUUUUUUUUUUUAUUCAGAAUGGAAACCAAACACAAAAAGGUAUUGUUUGCCAUCAUGGUAGAUAUAAAUGUGAUAUAAAUGUAUGAAUUACAAGAUUGUAUCAUUAUUUGUUAAGCUUUGUAAAUUUAAUGUUAAUGGGUCUAUAUAAUUUCAAAAACCAUGUACUAAAUGAAGGAAAAGGUCAUUUAAUCAGAUGAAUGAAGUCUACUGCAAUGCUGAAGACAUGUGGACCAUUGAUUUAUUGCGGUUUCAUUUUUACUCAAACUUGCUGUAUUCUUCAAAUGCCGAGUUGCAAAUAUUUCAGUAUGCAUUGAGAAAUAUGGGCUCUAUUUUGGAUGCUUACCUAUGUAUUAAUACAUCAAUCUCCUUGACAUUGUUUUAGUGACAAAUUAGUCACUUUAAGCUUUCUGUCGUGUGUGUAUAUAUGAAUGUGCAUGUGUGUGUGUAUGUACACACUUGCACACGCACACAAUCAUACAUAUAUACACUUUGCCUUGAGAAAGCCGCUUGAACUAUUUCACAUUUUGUCCUGUUCCUCCUUAAAUUUUCUAAAUAUUUUCCCCUUCACCAACACAUAAAUUCAACAAAUUGAUCAUGCAAAAAAAAAUUUUAAUUAAUAUAAUAUCCCUCCCCCAGUCAUUAGCUUUGACAACUGUAGCUCUGAGACUUCUCGAGGAUAUCUGGGUAAGCUUUACACAUUUAGGUUUAGGAAUUUUUGCCCAUUCCUCUAUGGAAAUUUGCUCCAAAUGUUCAAUGGGCUUUAAGUCUGGGCUUUGACUUGGGCAUUUAAAAAAUACUGACCUUCUUGUUAAGCUAUUCCUUUGUAGUUGUUGCCAGGCUUUGGAUCAUUGUCCAGAGGGAACAUUAGUCUUCACCCUAAACUAAGAUCUCUUGCGGAUUAAAAAAAUGUUUCUCUUCACAGAUUUGCCUGUAUAUGGCUCCAUCCAUCUUGUCCUUGAUGGCAGCAAGCUUGUCCUGUCCCUCCUGCUGGAAAGUAGCCAUAGCAUGAUGCUGCCACCAGCAUGCUUAACAGUAGGGAUGGUGUUACCUGGGUGAUAGGCUGUGUUUGGUUUGUGCCAAAAAUCGCUUUGCUUUCAGGCUGCUUUGAUUUUAGUCUAGUCACUCUCUGAGGCUGAAUCUGCAGACCUGAAGAUCUUGUUGAUCUUUGGACAGUUUUUCCCACUUCAACCAAUUUUAUUUGUUUUAUUUAUGUAACCUUUAUUUACCCAGGGUAGGUUCGCUGAGCACGGAUGCUCAUUUGCAGGAACGCCCUGCUUCACACUCAUACACAUUCACACCUGGGAGCCGCCCAGUACAACCACAAUCUUCUAUUGUUGACCACUGAGCAGCCCCACUGGAGGGAGAGAACAUUUUUUUAGCCAAUUAAAUCAGGGGAUGAUUAGGUGGCAAGUUUUUGCGAGAGCCAGAUCUGGGAUUUUUAGCCAGGACACCGGGGAACCCCCUACUCUUUGCGAAUAGUGUCAUGGGAUCUUUAAUGACCACAGUGAGUCAGGACCUCAGUUUAACGUCUCAUCUGAAAGACAGCAUCUCCUACAGCACAGUGUCCCCGUCACUGCACUGGGGCAUUGGGGUUUAUUUGACCAGAGGGAAGAUUGCCCCCUGCUGGCCCACCAACACCACUUCCAGCAGCAACUCAGUAUUCCCUGGUGGUCUCCCAUUCAAGUACUAACCAAGCCCACACCUGCUUAGCUUCAGCCAGUCGGCAGGAGCAGAGUGCAUGGUGGUAUGGCUGCUGGCAAAUGAACUAAACACUCAAUGAACUAAACAUUCUCACACAAUCUGUGGUAUGAGAAUGAAUGGAGAAAAGUGCAAUUCUUAGUUUACUUUCAUUUCAAUAUAUACAGACAAAAUCAAGCUCCUGUGAAUUGACAAGAAACAUUAUUAGCUUCGUGGUUAUUUCGACCAUUUCACUGGCAGCUUUCCUGUCUAUUUUAGGCAUAUCCUCCAUUUCAUUUUCCCCUCUACAUAACCAUAGCAACUAAUGACUCACAUUGAUCACUGCCAGCAAGACAUCCUGUUUAGGUUGUGCCUUCAAAUCCUAAUACUGUAGAAUGUUGCAGUAUGCUGUUUCGUACAUGUUUCUUGUUUUUUGAUGUACAUGGAUUUUCAUGCUUGGGUCAACCAUGGGUCCUUCCAGACUAUCUGCAUAUCAUUUAAACAAUGGGCCUCUCUUUUUUCCUCCUUCAAUAAGAUUGCUGGCAAAAGAAAAAGAUCCAGGCAUGUCAAAAGCAGCCUGACCUAGACAUGUCAAUGCAUUUCAUUGUAUUAGAUGCAGCCUUUACGGAGUGCUGCAUCAGAGUGCUCAUAUUCAAGCACAUCCAAUGUUCUACGCGCACACAUCUCUCCUUCAAUUGGUGUAAUAUUAACAUGGGAAUGGGACUACAGCUGGAAUGAAUCCAAGACUUGCAGUCGAUUCUGUACCUAUAUAGGUGUAUUGUCUGAUCUGGCCAUUUUUUCCUUUUUUCAUAUCCAUGUAAGUAUUUCAGGGAGAGAAGUAAAGAUCUCCUUUGGAAGGUAACAAGUUUGUCUUCUGCGUCCAGGGGCUGUCCUAUAAGAACUUAUUUGAUGUUCUUGUGCAUACCUCCUUUACAUGAUCCAGACUGAGUCUGCUGCAUUGUAGGUCUUCUUAAUUAGAAUUAUGCAUUUUAAAUUAUUUCAGAUACCACUGUAUUAGCAUCUCUGACAUUUCUGUGCACACGAUGGAAUGAUGAAUGUAUAAAUCAGAUUUAUUUGCCGUAUCACCACAUGGAUCCAGUUUGUAAACAGGAAUCAGUUCUGUGUUCCACUUGAGAUUCACUGCCUUGUAGUUAAUAAUUUAAAUACAUAUGAAGUGCUUCUGGAAUAGGACUUGUCUGAUCAUGUAUAAUAAACAUGACAAACACA